AUGAGUUCCCAGCUGACAUUACUAAAACACGCUCUCAAUUCAGACAAAGUUCAACUCUGGAAUCCACCUUACACAUUGGAAAAUGGAAAACGAGGGGAGAUAACUCAGGAGAUGCUUUCUAAAUAUUCCUCAGUUGUGAAGACUUCCCAGGAAAGUGUUCUUGAAAUGAUGGAAGUUCUGCGCAUGAAUGCUGUGAGAAAGUUGGCUGCUCGAGGAAAGUUCUAUGAGAAAGGAAUUGCCACUUUAAAGCUCAGAGUUUGUGCAAACUGUGAAUCUCAGGUUUCUCGUCCUGAGAGUGUGGAGAUCAGUUUACAACAAACAGGGUGUGAGUUAAAGGAGCGGGUAGCUGAAUUGUGUGGUGUAUCCUCCGAUAGAAUAAAAUUAAUUAUUUCUGGCCAGCUGGUUCAAGAUGAAAAUAGUUUGAUUUCUCAGAAUGUCAAGUGUCACAGCCAAGUGAUGGUGAUAAUAUGUCCUGUGAAGGUAAAGGAAGCUUAUAAAAUGGAUGAGAAUUUUAGUGAUUUGGAAAAGUCACGAGAAGAAGCAGAAAUUUUAUCUUCCAAAAUUGAAGACCAUUCAGAUGAUAUUCCUUAUUUGGAAAUUGCUGACCAAAACGGAAGACCUCUCAAGUUGCCUAAGGAAGAAAAAAAGGCUCUUGCUUUUGCGAUGGCUUUAAAUGAAAAAGGUCGGUCAUCCAUGUUGAAAAAAGACUACAGUGUUGCCCUUCUACUGUUGCUGGAGGCAGACAAAGAGUUCAGGAAGUGCCGUUCAGAUAUCUUGUCAGCUGUGGACAAUUUUGCCUUGGUCAAUCUUGACAUUGUAUGGUGCUAUCAGCAACUGCGCAAUAUUGAUGAACUUCCGGAUGCCGAGAAAAGAUUGAAGGUUUGUGAAGAUUGUUUUAAACAAAGUUAUGGUGAAAACCUUGAAAGACUGACAGUGAUGAAAGUAAGUAUUUGCAUUUAA